AUGGCACCCGCAGCAGCGAGCAAGAAGCCUCGAGCCAGCACCGACAAGCCGUACCGCCGAGGCGUCACGCUCGGCAAGGCGAUGAGGCGGGGCAAGCUCGACAAGGGCGGAGCAGCAGGAGGAGGACCUCAGCAGGAUGGCAAGGCCACCAGGACUAGUGCGGCUGGCGCCAAGGGCAAGGGCAAGGUCCGGGCACCCGCACCGCGCGCAGCCGACGAGCCACAGUCGGACGAGGGCGACGUCGAGCAGCUCGGCGGCGAGGAGGACGGCGAGGGCGCACGCGGUGCAGCAGGGCUCGAGGGGGACAGCGAGGACGACGAACCGGCUUCUGAGCCAUCGCAGGCCGCGACCAACAAGCGGCGCGUCCCUCGCAAGGCCGGCGGCACGGGCAAGAAGCACAAGGUGUUCGUCGAGGAGAAGAGCGACUUGCUGUCCCUUGCGGCGUCCAUCGGCGGUCAAGCCGAGGCCAAGAAGCAGGAGCGACUCGAGAAGGCCAAGAACAAGCCUGUAGCGCCGGUCAAGAAGGCCGGCAAGGAGCCGAGCGAGGCCAAGCAGAAGCAGCUUGCCGCAGCACGCGCCAUCGUCGCAGCACGCUCCAAAGCCAACAAGGAGAGCAAGAAGGCGGCGGCCGCACCCAAGCCUGCUGCGCCUGCGCCUGUCGAGGGAGGUCGCAAGAAGGUCUCGUUCGCGUAG